UCCAUUGAACGUAAAGAAAGCCAUACGUGAUUUCUACGACCCAAAGAUACCUGAUCUUAUGCAGAGGAUACAAGAUGCUACGCUAGAAAAAUUUGAGUUUGGGUUAAACUGGGAACGCGUAUAUGCAAAAGUCAGUGGAAAAUAUAUUGGUGAGGAUUUUGUGAAAAAAGUUCUCGCCUACUUUUUCUACACUACCGCGUCUAUUCAAAAGAAAUGCAAUGAGGAUAAUUUAGUCGGCGAAGCAUUACUAGAGAAAUGCACUUCCCGAAGAAUAGUAUUUGAAGUUGUGGAAGAUUCUCUUGGAGAACGUGAUCCCACCGUUGUUUUUGAACAAGGAGUAAUGUAUGUGAGGACGACUGUAGAAAAUUUCGGGGAAAAAGUCGAUCAAGCUGCUGCUUAUUUUGAAGAGAAUUUUGAUGGAUUUGGGCCCGUUCCCGAUAAAAUUGCAACUAAGGAUUUAAGAACCGCACUACCAACCCUCAAUCAAAUAUCAUCAGUAUUAACAAACACCCCGCAAUAUGCGAUUAUUCGACUUAAACGAGGUGACCGCAUGUCAGAUGAUUGUCUCACCAUUGAUGGACCCAAUGAACUUUUACAUCAAUUACAUGAUUGGAUUCAAAAAAACAUCGCGCCAAAUUCAAAUUUCCGAGAACCGGUAUCAAUUCGGUUUCUUCAAUCAUUAUGUCAAAAAGAAUUAUAUAUAGAAAGUAAUGGCUCAAAUGUUUUAUAUAAUUUUAGUGUUGCAAGCAUUUUGCAAGCGAUGGAAGGUGUUGGGUAUCAAUUGUUACAGUUCCAAUUACAACCUAAAUUGGAACU